CAAUUACCUGCCCUAGUCUCCACGAAGUAAACUGUUCUGGCGGCACAUCGGACCUGACUUCCUUCUUCCCAUGCGUUAGUAAAACGGAAACACAAGGGAGAAGUGGAGAAGAGUGACGGAAACGGCGUCGACUCAGAUUUUGAUCUCGACCUCGUUGGCUUCCUCUUCCUCUCUCUCGAUCCGUAUCCUCUUCUACGCCUUUCUCUGUGCCUGGAUUCCUUGGAAGGAUCGACAUGGCUCCGGUGUCGGCACUCGCAAAGUACAAGCUGGUGUUCCUGGGGGAUCAGUCGGUAGGCAAGACGAGCAUCAUCACUCGGUUCAUGUACGAUAAGUUCGAUAACACGUACCAGGCUACAAUUGGAAUAGAUUUUCUAUCAAAAACUAUGUAUCUUGAGGACCGAACAGUCAGGCUGCAACUUUGGGACACUGCUGGGCAGGAGAGAUUUAGGAGCUUGAUCCCUAGUUAUAUUCGAGACUCUUCAGUCGCUGUCAUUGUAUAUGAUGUAGCAAGCCGACAAUCCUUCUUAAAUACUUCAAAAUGGAUUGAAGAGGUUCGCACAGAGAGGGGAAGUGAUGUUAUUAUUGUCCUUGUUGGAAACAAAACUGACCUUGUUGACAAGAGGCAAGUGUCGAUAGAGGAAGGAGAAGGCAAUGCACAAGAACUUGGUGUCAUGUUUAUUGAAACAAGUGCAAAAGCUGGUUUCAAUAUAAAGGCUCUGUUUCGGAAAAUUGCUGCUGCCCUACCUGGGAUGGAAACUCUUUCUUCAACGAAACAGGAUGACAUGGUUGAUGUAAACCUGAAGUCCGUAAACACAAAUUCAUCUCAGUCACAGUCACAGUCUGGAGGAUGUAGUUGUUGAGAUUCAUUUGGGUUGAUCCUGGAAUUGUGGGCUCCUAUCGACCGACAAUACUUUUCAGCCUACUUAAAUAGGAAAUUCCUGUAGGAAGAUGUGCAAAAACUAGUAUCCUUUUCGUACGUAAUAAUUUGACAAUCAACAUGUUCAUACCAGACCAGGUUGUAGGGCUUGUAUAUUUUGCAAUUGCUGCAAGUUGUGCUUGACUUUAGUUCAAAAGUAGUUUAAACUAGAAAACAGUCACAUCAUUUUUAACUUGGCUUAUAGGUGCAAUGGAUAGAGUUCAUUGUUCAUGUCCUUGUUGCAUAAAUCAUUAUAGUUUACAGUUUAUCAA